UACAAGCCAAUCCUUCCUCCAUUCCCUCCGCAGAAAAACUCCUCUCAACACAGAUAUUUCAUUGCACCAAUAUUCAAGAGCAAUGGCCAUGCUCAAUAUCAUCGCCAUUGUCUCCCUCUUACUCUUAAUCAUUCCAUCCCAAGCCAAAAUUCCCGGCGUCUAUUCCGGUGGGCCAUGGCAAAGCGCUCACGCCACUUUCUACGGUGGCAGCGACGCCUCAGGAACUAUGGGAGGGGCGUGUGGGUACGGGAACCUAUAUUCCCAAGGCUACGGCGUGAACACUGCGGCACUAAGCACUGCUCUAUUCAACAAUGGUUUCAGCUGUGGAGCGUGCUUCGAAAUCAAAUGCACCGAUGACCCGAAAUGGUGUCAUCCAGGUAACCCUUCCAUCUUUGUCACCGCCACAAACUUCUGCCCUCCAAACUACGCUCUCCCCAGCGACAAUGGCGGUUGGUGCAACCCUCCCAGACCUCACUUCGACCUCGCCAUGCCCAUGUUCCUCAAAAUCGCUCAGUACCGCGCCGGCAUCGUCCCCGUCUCAUAUCGCCGGGUGCCUUGCAGGAAAGAGGGAGGGAUGAGGUUCACGAUCAACGGGUUCCGUUACUUCAACUUGGUUUUGAUCACCAACGUCGCGGGUGCAGGGGAUAUCAUGAGGGCCAGCGUGAAAGGGUCCAAAACGGAGUGGAUGAGCAUGAGCCGCAACUGGGGGCAGAACUGGCAAUCAAACGCAGUUCUGGUUGGUCAGUCACUCUCCUUCAGGGUCACAGGCGGUGACCGACGCACAUCCACCUCAUGGAACAUUGUCCCACGUAAUUGGCAAUUUGGCCAAACCUUCGCUGGAAAGAAUUUUAGAAUCUAGUUACUAUACCGUGUUUGGAUCAUUUGCGUUUUUGAAAGUGUUUUCUUUUCUUUUGCCGCCUUUUUUUUUGUUUUGUUUUUGGUUGUUUGCUAUCUACAAUUUUCCUUCGAAUGUGGAUACAUAUGGAGAAAAUGGUAGUGAACCUUUUUGACUUUUGAUCAUGUUUUCGGGAGUGGAGUGAAGGAUCAAUUAUCAAUUAUCAUGGGGCACAGUGUACAUCUUGGAGAGAAAAUGAGGGUAACGAAGUGUGAUUUUUGUCGGGAUCAAGCUGAAGUGGCUGCAAAGGCAAAUUCAUAAGCCCGCAGCAAUGCUUACUGCAUAUUUAUUAAUACUACUAUAUGAUUUCAUCAUUUGAGGAUUCA